CCCCUCCCUGGGAUGGUACUGAGAAUGUGGCACCUGCCCCAGGCCCAGAAUAACGGGGUCCUGCUCUCCUCGGGGGAUGCCCUAGGAACUGACUAGGCCCCUUUUCUCCUCUCUCCAGAUUGUCUGUCUGAAGAGACACGCCCGGUCUGUCCCUUCCCUGCUGCCACGGACCCCGCCUUGCCCCAGACCAUGGCGAUGGCUGCAGCGGGGCCGGCGCAGCAGCUCCAGGUGGCGUUUGAGGACGUCGCUCUGUAUUUCACCCAGGAGGAGUGGGAGCUCUUAUCCCAGCCAGAGAAGCAGCUGUAUCGGGAUCAGAUGCUGCGGAAUUACCGGGCCCUCGUUUCCCUGGGCUAUUCAGGUUCCACACCGGACUUAAUCCACCGGAUCGAGGUAGGGGAGGCAGAGCUCUGGAUCCAGGAUGCCGAGAACUCCAGGGAAAGCUCAGGGCCUGAGAGCCCCUCCCGAGCAGGGCACGGGAUCCCGGGAGGAACGAGGAGACAGUCUGAAUGUGGGGAAAGUGUGAGAGGAAAGCCGGAUCCCACGGUCCACGGGGGGAACCGUGGACAGGAUGGAGUCAAUCCCCAUGCCGAGUGUGGGGAUAGACUCAGCCAGGGACCGGACCUGGCUACACACCAGAGGCUUGCCGCGGGGCAGCAAUCCCAUGGCUGUGUCGAUUGCGGCAAGAGGUUCAGCAACGCCUCUGCACUGACCCAGCACCGGCGAACGCACAGCGGGGAGCGGCCGUACCGCUGCGCCGACUGCGGCAAGGGCUUCAUCAGAGCCUCCGCACUGAACCAGCACUGGCGCACACACACCGGGGAGCGGCCCUACCGCUGCGCCGACUGCGGCAAGGACUUCGCUCAGCUCUCUCACCUGUCAGCACAUCAGCACACACACACUGGGGAGCAGCUGUACCGCUGUGCUGACUGCGGCCAGAGCUUCUGCUGGGCCAAGUCACUGCACCGACAUCGGCGCACGCACACCCAGGCGUGGCCAUACCACUGCGCCGACUGCAGCAAGGACUUCAGUGAUGCCGCCUCGCUGAGCCGGCACCGGCGCACGCACACCGGGGAGCGGCCCUACCUCUGUGCCGACUGCGGCAAGAGCUUCGGCAAUGCCUGGACGCUGACCCAGCACCGGCGCACGCACACCGGGGAGCGGCCGCACCGCUGCGCCGACUGCGGCAAGGGCUUCAGCAACGCCAGCACGCUGACCCAGCACCGGCGCACGCACACCGGGGAGCGGCCGUUCCGAUGCACUGACUGCGGCAAGCGCUUCGGCAACGCCAGCACCCUGACCCAGCAUUGGCGCACACACACUGGGGAGCGGCCGUACCGCUGCGCUGACUGCGGCAAGGGCUUCAGCAACGCCAGCACGCUGACCAAGCACCAGCGCACGCACACCGGGGCACAGCCAUACUGCUGCACCACCUGCGGCAAGGACUUCAGCCAACAGGCAAACCUUACCAGGCACCUAGCCACACAUGCUAAUGCUUCUCUACUGCCACCAGGACCUGAGGGGCUUCUGGGGGCCGGUGGGUUUGGCACAGCUCCAGUAGAUGCAGACCAGGCUGUGGUCCUGUCUCCAUGAUGCCCAGCGGAGAGUCCAUAUGGGGGCAAGGAAGGGAAUUUGGCUGAGCACUGUGGGGAAAGGGCGGGCAGAUGGAUUGUGGAGAUGCCCAUGAGCUUAUUAUGCCUUCAGAGCAAUUGGUCACGGCCUAUUCCAUUAGUGUGACCCUCCCACCCCAUCUAGCUGGGAUCCAGCCAGGACACGCCCUGCCCUGCCAUCUAGCUAGGAUCCACCUGUCUCUUUCUGUCUCUCUUUGACUUACCCACCCCUCUACCUCUCUAACUGGGACCCAACCAGGAACUUCCCCCCACAACCAUCAGUUCCAGCCAGGACACUCCAGAGGUGUGAUUUGCCAUCCUAUCUCAGCGUCGAUUGGUCUGAGGGACGGGGCGGGACAGCCUGUCCGUGUGAUUGAAAGAAGACUCAGGAACUGCUCGUGCCGUCUAUUUUAAAUAGAAAUGUGAUCAAUAAGAAAUAUAUAACGAAUCUUUAACAAAGGUCUAACUAUAUUUGAUAUUAAAGAAGCUGAUCCAUUCUGUUGGCAUGGGGAGAAGCCAACGUGAAAUGUAAAUCUUUAAAGUGAACCAACCAAAAUGUUCUCUAAGGCCUAAUUGAUUAUGAGGCCUGAUGAACUUUGUGACUGGCAGGUGCCCAGAGAGAGGGUCACAUAUGAAGUGAUCCUACUGACCUGGUCACUGAGGUGUAGGAAACAAGUCCUGGUAUGGAGAUGCAUAGAGCGGUCUUGUGUUAUUUCACUAACUGUUCUCUCCUGUUGCUGGUGGACCAAGCAAGUGAAUCAAAUGACUGUAUAUGGCUGCGUUAUGAACUACUACCCAAGGACAGAGCCAUCCAGGAGGGGGAAGAGACUUUAUUCUAACUUCCAGAACAUUGCUGCAGACAGCUAAGAUGGAAAGAGCAUGGAGUCAGACACAGUGGGCCAAAGGAGCAUGGAGCCCACGGAAAGGAACUUGCAGAAAUAGGUUACUGACUGGAGCUGAGCCAGCAGAUGUUCAGUGCAUGGCCCAGCGUGUCUGACCUAAGUGGAGAGGGCACAAAGUGUUUGACACAAAGACACUGGAGUUUUCUCCAGGAGUUGCAAGAGGCCUCGUUUUCUCAUUGGACGAUGAGAAGGGCCAUAACUCAUAUCCUGGCUGGACUUUUUUUUGGCCAUGAGUCCAGAUCACUUCCUGAUUGGGCCACAUUAGCUUUGCCCAUCAAAAAAGGUAUAAAAUGUCCCGCUCCCUGAAAUAGAAACAUCUGCAUGACAGUGCUGGUGAGUGGGAGCAUACUUGCCUGGCCAGGUUGAGCACCUCGUACUGAGUAACAACUGAAAUCUGGUCGCUGACAAGCACCACUGAGAAAUUCUCACAGAGAACAGGCGGAUGGCUGUCACAGCAGCUUGAGUGAAUCACCUGAAUGAACUCCCUCUCUGUCUCUAGAGCCAGCCAUCGCAGUGGUGAAGCUGAGCUGGAGAAGUCACCUCCAUGCCAACUCCAACUGAUACAUAUAGCAAAAUGACAUUUAUUAUAGAAUCAUAGACUAUCAGGGUUGGAAGGGACCUCAGGAGGUCAUCUAGUCCAACCCCCUGCUC